AUGGCUGAAGUUGUUGUUCAAGAACCCGUUGCUGUCGUUUCAGAUCCCUCUCAGAUCGAAGUCAAGCUCUUUAACCGCUGGAGCUUUGACGACGUCCAGUUCUCUGAUGUGUCUUUGAGUGAUUACAUUGGAGUUGCGGCAACCAAACAUGCAACAUACGUUCCUCACACUGCUGGUAGAUACUCUGUUAAGAGGUUUAGAAAGGCUCAGUGUCCUAUUGUAGAGAGGCUCACAAACUCUCUCAUGAUGCACGGGAGGAACAAUGGAAAGAAGCUAAAGGCGGUUGGAAUCAUCAAGCAUGCCAUGGAGAUCAUUCAUUUGCUAACUGACCAGAACCCGAUUCAGGUCAUUGUUGAUGCCGUCGUCAACAGUGGUCCCCGGGAAGAUGCUACUCGAAUUGGUUCUGCUGGAGUUGUGAGAAGACAGGCAGUGGAUAUUUCACCCCUUCGCCGUGUUAAUCAAGCAAUCUAUCUUCUCACUACUGGUGCACGUGAAGCUGCGUUCAGGAAUAUUAAGACAAUAGCUGAAUGUUUGGCUGAUGAACUUAUUAAUGCAGCAAAAGGCUCAUCAAACAGUUAUGCAAUCAAGAAGAAAGAUGAGAUUGAGAGAGUUGCCAAGGCAAAUCGUUAA